AUGUCAACAUGCAAGCAGAACAAGACUGCUGAGCCAGACAAUUCAACUGUGUCUGGUGAUGACAAAGUUGAAGAGGUCUUGCAGCCAGUAAACUUAGUCACCGCACAGGCCAAAGAAGAUGAACACAAGAAGGCACAUUUUGAGAAGAAGUACAAAGUAUCAGAGCACACAGAUACGGAAGUUCUAAAGCUUCAGCAAGCCUUGUAG